AAACGAUACGGCCGCACCUACUAACAAACAACACUACUCUACUGUAGCUCUUUCUCACCCUGUCCACUACCGGACCGCCAUAACUGGCCGCGCACUGACACACACACUACUCUCACUGCAACCUAACUCAACUUGACCACCAUCGGGCGUCCGCCAUCGUUUGAAGCUCCCUGAAUCAUGUCGAAGGCACCACAGCUCGUUUCAUUUCAGGUCUUACGGAACUUUUUGAGGAAACUAACUUCUACAAAUCCAUCAUUUUCUUCGAGUUCAUUUGUCUUUUCGAGAACCCCAUUCUCACCCUCAAUCUCUCGCGACCCACCGUCGCUAUUCGCUAAUGGAACUAGUAUCCGCCAUUACCACGACGGAAGGCCGAGAGGAUCGCUCUGGAAGGGAAAGAAGCUGAUUGGAAAAGAAGCUCUCUUCGUAAUCUUAGGAUUGAAGAGAUUUAAAGACGACGAUGAGAAAGUCGAAUCUUUCAUUAAAACCCACGUCCUCAGGCUCCUGAAGAUGGACAUAAUUGCUGUACUGGGAGAGCUCGAACGCCAGGACGAAGUUAAUCUGGCUCUCAAGAUAUUUAAGAGAGUUUUACAGCAAGAUUGGUACAGGCCCGAUGCUUAUCUAUACAAGGAUUUAAUCAUUUCCUUAGCUAGAAGCAAGAGAAUGGAUGAGGUUAUGGAACUGUGGGAAAGCAUGAAAAAUGAUAAUAUAUAUCCAGAUGCUCAAACCUAUAGUGAGGUUAUUCGUGGGUUUUUGAAGUAUGGAUCACCUGCUGAUGCCAUGAAUAUCUAUGAAGAUAUGAAGAAAUCACCAGAUCCACCUGAAGAAUUACCAUUCAGGAUAUUGCUCAAGGGGCUUUUGCCUCAUCCUUUAUUGAGGAACAAAGUCAAGCAAGAUUUUGAGGAAAUUUUUCCUGAUCAAAGAAUUUAUGAUCCUCCAGAAGAUAUCUUUGGACCAAGUUAAAGGGUAUAUAUGCACUUUCAUCAUUUUUUGACGAGCCAACUCUGAUAGUAGUCACAAUCAUUCAGAAAUGUCUCCAAUAUUGCUUUUAAUUGACUAGAUGUGAUGAGUUGUGAGUUCUGGAUUUCACUUUCUGCCAUGUAUGUGAAAAAAAAGGAAGCUGUCUAGGAAAUGGUAUUUAUACACAUUCAUUGAGAAUGUAGUAGCUUUGUCAUUGAAGUAUGUAAAAGACUGGUCUUUUAAUGAUUUGUAGCUCUUGCAGUGCAUGGUUUAGACCAAAAUUGGUGAUUACUACUAGUAUCCAUCACUAUAGUUUAAAAGUUGUGGAACAAAAUAAUGAAUUUUACAAAAUU